CUCCGGCGUAUUGUACCAUCUGGGGAGAUCCGCACUACUUGACAUUCGACGAUAAGAGACACAACUUCCAAGGUGUUUGCGAGUACAUUCUUGUGACGGAUUGUAGAAAUGACAACGAUGAGCUACCGAGUUUUGAGGUGACAGGGCUGAACGUGAAGCGGAAACCGUCAGAUCGGGUAUCAUAUAUGCGACAAAUCAACGUACACUACGCCAAUCACACGUUCACAAUGUUGCAGCAGGGUGAGGUUCGCUACGAUGGAGUUACCUUUACACCUCCCCUCAGCACACAGGACGGUGUUAAUGUAAUCAGUAAUGGGGUCUACGUGUUGUUAUGGACCAGUUUUGGUCUAGUUAUUCGAUGGGAUGGAGUUAGUGUAGGAGAAAUUCAACUUCCAUAUGAUUAUUGGAACACAACUUGUGGACUGUGUGGGGAUUUCAAUAGCGAUAGUGAAAACGAUUUAGAUGCAAAACGUGAUGGAUCCUUG